UGAGCCUCGAUCUUCUCGCUCACUGGGGGUCCCCUCAGCCACCUCGGAUCAAAGAUCUUUUAUUUUGUCUACCGGCAGCCUUAACGGGCAAUCCAGGCCCCACUCAGUAAGCAUGGUUGGAGUCGCCGGAAAGUCCAAGGGUUGCAAUACCUGUCGAGCACGGAAAAUCGCGUGUGACCAGCAAAGACCGGCAUGUGCUCGAUGCACUCGAUCUAAUCGAGUGUGUGGUGGGUAUGAGCGGGACAGGGUCUUUGUCAUGAUGCAGCCAGAAGCGAAGAAAAAAUACGUGUAUCUCAAGUCUUCUCCCUCGCCGUCAGAAUCGCCAGCUGAGAGUUUCCCGUGCUCCGUGGAGCUAUCGACAUUCUCACCCCCUGGGGACGGUCAGCCAAUCUACUCAUUCACGGAGAGAUCCCCAGCUUACACGCUGCUCCAGAGGCAGAACGAGAGCCAUAACCUGGUGUUGUCUUUUCUCGCUAAUUGUCUCCCAGCGGAAUGGUCCGCAUCCCCUACCAGAUCGUGGAUCACACUUCUGCCUGGCCUGUCCGCCGAAACUAAAGCCCUGGAAGUAAGCAGUGCCGCCCUCGCAGCCGCAGCAGUCGGCCACAAAUUCAACGAUUCGGCAUUGGUCCAAUACAGCCACAGCCUCUACACCCGCGGACUUCAGCAGCUGCAGCGUGCGCUGUGGAAUCGCAGGCGUGCUCAGGAUGAUGCAACGCUGGCUGCUUGCAUGGCUCUAAGUCUGUACGAGGCCAUGGAAUGCCCAAACGCAGGGUCCGAAGGGUAUUUCAGGCAUUGCCAGGGCCUUCUUGCCUUGGUGGAAGCGCGUGGAACUGCAGCCCACUGCUCCGGCCCGGGCCACCAGUUGUUCCUUGGGGUCCGAAUUCCAGGGAUAAUAUACACCCUGGAAAACCACUCUUCAAGUUUUCUAUUCGACGCUGCGUGGAUGAAUCAGCCGUGGGGCCAAAUCCCAAAAACCCUCUCCACGCAGGUAGUCGAUUGUCUCGCACAGGCGCCGGGGAUUCUCCAGCGAGUGUUCCUCUUACCCAGUCUCAGCUCCGAGCAACAAGUAGUGGCCUGUUUCCAGCUGAUCGCGGAAUGCUGGCAAAUCGACGAGAAGCUGGACACGAUCUACGCGGCGAUGCAGGGUGGCAGGUCGGACCCGCUCUACUGGCUAAUUCCCUCGAAAAGCCCCCCUUGGGCAACAACCGCGCAUACCGAUAACCUCUUCCCAUUCGUCUUCCACUUUGCAGACAUGGAAACUGCAGCGACGCUCAUCCUGCUGUGGGCGGUGCGGGUCCUGCUGUGGUCGGGUCUGUGCAACUUGUACAAUGGCAUGUUUCCGAACAGCUGCAUGCUACCCGCUGGUGAGCCAGUGGGGCCGCUUCGAGCCCUCGGCUAUCGGAGGGAGUAUAUCUCUAUGGCCCAUCAUGUCUGUCAAUCGGUUGAGUACCUGAUGCAGGAGGGAUUUCUGCUCGCGGGACCGCUGUCGGUCACCCCAGCGCUGGGGAUCGUGAUCGACAGUCUGCAGCAUCAGCCCGGCCAUGCCGCGGUGGUUGCAUGGCUGCGGGCGGCUUUGGACCUCGCUCGGCAGAAGGGAAUGGGGGUGUUGGAGCAUAGCCGUUGAUUUGUCCGGUCCGUUUGUCAUCACGGAAUGUAUGUAUGUAUUGUACUACCUAUGUAGCACGGGCGCAUAUAACAUACAGGA